CCGUUUGAAUUACCUGAUCCCGAAGCAGACAACGGUGAUUCACAUCUUACACUGAAAGAACAAGAACAGAAGUGGACCGACCUCGGACUAACUGUACCAACCGAACAUAGCCAAGGAUUUCCAAAUUAAAGUAACUGCUGUACACUAUGGAGUUGCCACACGUAGGGAAGCAAUGUGCUCAUACAGACUGCAAACAGCUUGAUUUUCUUCCAUUCCAGUGUGAGCACUGCAAGCAGAUAUUUUGCAAUGAUCAUUACCUGCCAGAUAGACACAACUGCACUGAGCAGCGUGGCACUGAAAUUUCAGCAGUGCCUGUUAUCUCAUACAAGUGCUCUAUAUGUGGCAAUUCCAGUGCUGUCCAGAUGAACUGCCCAGUGUGUUGCCAACAUUUCUGCCUGCAGCAUCGUCAUCACGGUUGUUUGGAUGAUGAUGAUGGAAAGUUAAGACAGAGGGAUGUAAACAUAUGCAAAAAACAAUAUGAAAUGGCAAAACAAGAAGCAGACAUACAGGUUGAGCGGAGACUUUCACUUGCAAAGAAAAAGAACAACAAGACAGCAUUUAAAGUUCAGCUAAUGAAAUUGAAGAAUAAAGCAGCGGGCAACAAAGGGAUUCCAUCUGCAGACAGAGUUUAUUUCAUGAUAUUUCCACCACUGACUCUCUCAAAACAAUCUGUUCCUGUUUUUGUUUCCAGACAUUGGACUGUUGGAAGAGCUAUUGACUCCAUUUCUGAUUUGUGUGGUGUUCUUAAUCGAAAUAAUGAUGCUACAGCACCAAAGUUGAGGUUGUUUCAUUAUGAGGGUGGACAGCUGCUUUGCAUGCAGGUGGAUAAGAAACUUAAUGAUUUAAUACAAGAAAAUGAUCUAGUGGAUGGUGAAUCUUUAAUUUUGGAAUAUGUGGACGAUGUGAGUGAUCCACAUAAACAUUUGGAAAAUACAAAACAUUAUAAAGUUUCAUAUGCUCUCGAAAAGUAAUACUGUUAUAUUUUACACAGAUGUAUGAAGAAAUGCAUUCGCCAUUUUCUAGCAUUGUAAAAGUCCUGUACUCAUUAGUAAUAAAUUUAUAAUUGCUUGCAG